AUGAUCUUCAAGAGGUUCAAUUCCAGCGCUGCUGGCGCGCUCCAGAAAACCGCGCUCUACGCUUUGCACGUCAAGCUGGGAGGAAACAUGGUUCCGUAUGCCGGUUAUGCGAUGCCCGUGAAAUACGCGCAACAAACGCACAUCGAGUCUCAUAACUGGACUCGUACGCAUGCUGGACUGUUCGACGUUUCCCACAUGCUUCAAAGCACACUGAAGGGCGCAGAAGCCACCAAGUUUUUGCACAAGAUCACCCCCACGGACUUCCAAAACCUGCCUGCAGGUCAGGGUACGCUAUCGGUUUUGUUGAACGAAAACGGGGGGAUUGUGGACGACACUUUGAUCACCAAAGUGGCAGAAAACGACUUCAGCAUCGUGACGAACGCCGGGUGCAUUGACCAGGACGUGGCAUUUUUGAAACAGCAGAUUGAAGGUUUCGAUUGCGCGUGGGAAGCCGUCCAGGAAAAAGGGCUAUUAGCGCUGCAAGGCCCGGAAGCCAAGAACGCAUUGGGGUCCAUUGUCGCUGGCGGUCCGCAGUCGUUGCAGGAUUUGUAUUUCGGUCAACGCAGACGCUACGCGAUUUUGGACGCGGAAACCACGGGUGGUACAUUUGAGGUGGACGUGGCUCGUUCCGGGUACACGGGCGAAGACGGGUUUGAAAUCUCGGUAGCUAACCGCGACGCCCUAAAACUGGCCACUCAGCUUUUGAAAGACCCAGCUGUGCGCCCAAUCGGAUUGGCCGCAAGAGAUAGUUUGCGGUUGGAGGCCGGGAUGUGUUUGUACGGGCACGAACUAGACCAAAAUACUACCCCUGUAGAGGCAUCGCUAAAUUGGCUCAUAUCCAAGAGUCGCAGAGACGGUUCUCUGGGACGUUUUAAUGGAUUUGACCGUAUCAUGGACCUCAUCAACAACAAAUCCGCCACGGAGGCUCGUGUGGGCUUCAAAUACGUGGGACGUGGACCCGCGGCGCGCCAAGGCGCAGAGAUCUUUUCGGAAGACGGCCAGAAACUCGUGGGCCGCGUCACUUCGGGAAGCGCAUCGCCAUCGCUGGGUGGAAUCAACAUUGGCCAGGCCUACGUGCAAAAGUCGAAUCGCAAGGCUGGGACUAAGCUGACAGUCCGUGUGCGCAACAAGUCAUUUCCAAUCGAAGUAGCACGUCUUCCGCUCACUCCUAGCCACUUCUACAAGCCCGAGUAG